GUGAUGGAUGCAAAUAUAUCACCUCGGGAUCUACCAACUGCAUACCAAAAGGGUGGCUUAACAUACGAGCCUCUCGUCAAUAUCAGAGUGAUCUACAAGCCUCCUCUUAAUGUGGAGUCUGAAGAAGACAAAAUAUUCAUGAUCUUAUUUCUGAACGUAAAGAGAUUAUUUCUCCAACCAACUAGAUAUGGUAUGAGUUAA